CUCUGGCGUUUGGGAGAUGAUAAACUGCGGAAGGUGAUGGCUCAUGAAUGAAUAACCGCUCACAAGCCUCUCUAACCCGAAACUGAACCGAAAUGUCGUUGGUUUUAUCAGUAAAUCAAUUGGGGACACCGAGGUUUCUUCUCAGAAACCGAAGUGCUUCUUCUCAUGUUCAACAAAAUCGAACAGUUUUUACCAGACGCCAUUACAGGGGAAAGAAGGAACUCAAUGUUCCGCGUUUCAGAGGAGAGGUUUAUAGGGUUCGUUCGUUCAAGUCAACAGAAGGGUCCAAGGAAGUCAGUUCCGAGAAGAGUUUGGAGAAUGAUCAAUGGCUACUUCUCCAAGCAUGGGAUGUCCCAUGGGACUGGAAGAUUAUAUUAUAUGUAAUGAUGCCAUACUUGAUGAGCAUUCUAUUGACAGGAAUUGUGGAAUCAGCAGGACUUGGAGUGAUGCAACCCCAUGCUGAGAAUGUUACACCACACCUACAUGGCACUGAUGAAGAAGCAAUUCGACUCUUUCUGGAUGAAUUACUAAAAACUGCAGUUAAGCUGUCAGUUCUGUAUGUGUUUGUCAGUCCUUAUCAACCGUUUCCAGAUAAUGUUUUCUCUUACAGAUGGCACCAACCAUUCAACAUUCAGAAUGGUUGGCUUUUGUGGGGUAUUGGAGGUCUAGUAGCUGCAUCAAGUGUUGUUUUUCUCAUUAAAUCUUUCAUAUCUGGUCCUGAUGCCAAUCAGAUACAAAAUGAGGCAGAGUCUUUGGUCCGCUUGUUGCCAUUUAUUGGUGUAUCAAGCAUAAGCAAUGCUUCCUUACUUGGCAUCCUGGGAAUUCUAGCACCACUUUGUGAGGAGACUAUAUAUCGAGGUUUUCUGAUGACAUCCCUGACAAAAUGGUUACCGGUACCCUUAUCUAUUAUUGUAAGCUCUAUUGUUUUUACACUUGCGCACCAAUCUCCUGGGAAGUCUACAGAGAUUUUAAUAUUUGGGGUGGUUCUGGGGCUUGUAUAUGCUCAAACACGAAACCUUCUUGCUCCUAUCAUAAUGCAUGCCUGUUGGAACCUUGGUGUCAUUUUCACAUUGAUAUACUUUCAGUCACAAGGGCAAGAUAUCCAAAAGUAUGUCCUCUAAUUCCAGUCAUGCAUCGACUAUUGAUGUGGUGGUGGUGGUACUUCACUGGUCUCGUAUUAUUCUAUCUUGGUCUCAGUUUUUAUAUCACGAAGCAGAAGACCAUGGGCCUGAUGGCCCUUUGUUUACCUAUUUUCAUCUCUUUGACAACCUAAUCACCAUAUUUCUUCAGAUUUAAUUUGUUAUUCUGUAGCAUUUGAUAUAGGUAAAUACUGAAGCCACAAGUGGUGGGACAGAAAGCAAAGCUCUCUGCUUCAUCUGCAGUACAUACAUGGCUUGCAUGGAACCUAUUAAUUUUGUAUUAUUCUCGUUGUCUUCCAACAGAACUCGGCUUCAGUCAGUGCAUGGCCUGCUCUUAGUUUCGAACAGCCUUUAUGGCUUUGCAUUGGGAAUAUCUCCCCAUGAAAUAAAGUACAUAAGUACGGAGAUAUUCCCAAUGCAAGGCUGUAAAAGGCUUUUCGAAUGGGCUUUGCGCUGAAUGAAGCUGAUCUUCCAACAAUGCAUAAGUUGAGAAAUGGUUUUACACUUUAC